GACUCUAAAAGUUGACGUGCUUCUAACACAUAUAUCGGAGCAAUAAUGGCGUCAGCAGCAUCCAUGGGAGUGGCGGUGAGGGCGUUGAUGAUCGUAUUGUUGUUUGUGAUGGUAGCUGCGUUUGCUAACCUAUUUGCUGUUGACGGUUAUAUUUCAUGCUUUGACUUCAGCUCCAGGUGGGGGGUGAAGAUCCUAAUGGAGUUUUCCGUAUAUACUGUUGUUAUGGGCGCUUGGUUUUUCUACAAGGAAUCCGGGUGGAUCAAGACAAUUAUUUUCACUCUUUCGAUAUAUUUUCUCGGAAGCCUUCUUAGCAUUGGAUACAUCCUUCUUCAGUUCUUCAAGUUAUCACGUGAAGAAUCUUCGACAAAUCCAUUAUACUUUGUGUUAGCGAGACAUCAUACAAGGGAACACACCUCGAGGAUCCCUGUUGUAACUGUAAGAGCAAUCUUUUCUGCACUAUUAUUUUUGACGAUGGGAGCUUUAAUUUACACGCUUAUUAAAGAUAUAUCGGGCUCCUAUGAUGAUUCAUUUACAAAGUGCUUCUUAGCAAACAUGACAGACCUCUAUAUCCAUGCUGUGAUGUUCGCGGUGUGGAUAGCAUACAAAGAAUCAAGUUGGACAACUGCUACCUUAUGGAUAAUUUCACUUUUAUUUUUUGGGAGUAUUACUCUAUGUGUAUACAUAGUUCGACAAUUGUUCAGCAUCUCACCCGAGAAACCUGCUUCAUAUAUCAUUUUCAGUAGCAGUGACAUAUGUGAGCCACUAAUCGCACCACAUGCCAAUGUAUAAAUAUGACUCGCUACCUACAAGCUGUUUGUUUUUCUUAAUUUGUUAAUAAUCUUAGGUCUUGUUAUUUUCUUAAUAAUGAUGUUAUCUAAUAUUUUAUCGACU